GGCUGCCGGCAUCCAAUGCCAAGCAUUACUGAGGGGUGCUGAGCAGGUACAGUCAAGCAGGAGUGGCUCUCCUGGUCUCCUCUCAGCUCUCAAGAUGAUGAAAAGACAGUUUAAUCGAAUGCGGCAGCAGCUCUCCCAUCCCAACAUCGCCACCCGAGCUCAAGAAGCAACUGAGCUCCUGUCAGAAGAUUUGCUGCAGAUUGAGCAGAGGAUCGAGCCAGCCAAGCGAGCAGCUCACAGUGUGUCCAAGAGACUCCAAGCCUGCCUGCAGGGGCAAUGUGGCUCUGAGAUGGACAAGAGAGUGAAGAAGCUACCCUUGAUGGCUCUGUCCACCGCGAUGGCUGAGAGCUUCAAGGAACUGGACACAGAGUCCAGCCUAGGGAAAGCUCUGGAGAUGGGCUGCUGUAUACAGAGCUCGCUGGCAAAAAUCCUGGCUGAGUUUGAGAUUGCACUGGAGCACAACGUCCUGCAGCCACUCAACAAGCUCAGUGAGGAGGAACUUCCCAUCAUUCUGAAGCACAAGAAGACUCUCCAGAAGUUGAUUUCUGACUGGAACACAAUCAAAAGCAGGCUGAACCAAGCUGCCAAGAGCUCCAGUAACAGCACUGGAGCUGGUGCUGGUCCAGGGGCAUCUUCUGCUGCCAACAAACUGGAGAUCUUGAAGGAAGAGGAGGAGGAGGUAAAGAGGAAGGUGGAACAAUGCAAGGAUGAGUACAUGGCUGACCUCUACCACUUCUCCACCAAGGAGGACAGCUACGCCAGCUACUUCAUCAAACUGCUGGAAAUCCAGGCCCAGUACCACCGGCAGUCACUGGAAUCUCUGGACACAGCUCUGGCAGAGCUAAGGGAAAGCCACAGACAGUCAGAGCCCUCCUUCAAUGCAGACACCCCAGUGGCAGGGUACUAUGGUGUGUCCCUAGAGACCCACCUCAAGAGCUUGGGCCGGGAGAUCGCACUGCCCAUUGAAGCCUGUGUCAUGAUGCUGCUGGCCUCUGGCAUGAGGGAAGAGGGUCUCUUCCGGCUGGCAGCGGGUGCGUCAGUGCUGAGGAAGCUGAAGAGCAGCUUGGCCAGUGGCUCCAAUGCCCUGGAGGAGUUUUACUCAGACCCCCAUGCUGUGGCUGGCGCACUGAAAUCCUACCUGCGGGAGCUGCCCCAGCCUUUGAUGACCUUUGAGCUCUAUGACGAAUGGGUCAAAGUGGCCAGCUUAAAGGACGUUGACAGCCGUGUACAGAGCCUGCGAGACACCUGCAGCCGCCUGCCCCAAGAGAGCUACAACAAUCUGAGGUAUCUGAUCAAGUUUUUAGCCAAGCUGGCUGAACACCAGGAGGUGAAUAAAAUGACCCCCAGCAACAUCGCCAUUGUGCUGGGCCCAAACCUGCUGUGGUCGCAGCAGAGCACAGGAGGCCCCAUGCAACUGGACUUGGCCUCAGUCUCCUCCAUCCAGGGUGUGGUGGAAGCCCUCAUCCAGAACGUGGACACCCUCUUCCCCGGAGAGGUAGAGUUUAAUGUCUCAGGAUUGUUCACACUGCCUGCAAAUAGUGGACUUAGCAAGGCUGCCCCAGUGGAGGAGCUGACCCCUGAGCUCCCUCCAGCCAGCACUCCCACCCUUCCAGAUGGAGAGACGACAUCGAGGGACACCGAGGCCAAGUCCCAGCUGGCAUCCCCAGCACUGACCAAACCAUCUCCUGAAGUUGCAGGGCCAGCAGCUCCAACAAUGACUGAAGAUACCAGCCGCAAAGGCAAGCGCCCGGCUCCAGCCCGACCCACGAUGCUGCCACCGCCUGUGACCCAGUCCCGGAGUACAGCUCCUGCCCCGGCAGCCAGCCCCAAAGCCCUGCCACGACGGAUGGCACCCAGCCGAGCCCCCUCUGUCCCACCACCGCUCCCACCACAGCCGGCACCCCGUCACAGCCGAGAUGUCCCGCUGUCCCCCAAGCCUUCCACUGGUGAGGCUGACACAAAGGCUGCCAUGGACUGUGUCCAAGGAACCAUAGAUGAAGGGCAGCCUCUGCCUGCAGGAGAAAGCAGCCCCUUGGCCAUAUUGGCCCCAGCAGGACAGCCCACAGAGAACUGAGCAGGGCGUGGGGGAAUCACAGGCUGGGGAGACGAGGUCUGGCGUCCAUCCGGGAACCCAGCA